AUGUCGACUACAACCGUUAGACCCCCAACGAUCUCCCACACAGUGGUUGGCCCUGUGAGACUCACAGGAGCACGUCCAACCAACGAACUGCCACAAUGGCUUAUCGAUGAAGCAAAGAUCGAGGAAAAGCAAUCUUUCGACCCCAAAAUGCACAUGAACUACCACCCUCCGUCGAAGAUCUACACCAUGAAGGAGAUCGGCCUUGAAGGCCAGGGAAUCUCCCCGAACGCAGUCACUGCACCAUUCCAACUUUUCAACGAGGAAGCCAUUAAGCAAAUGAGAGCAGAGAUUUUCAGCAGGCCAGUGCUUGAUGAAUGCCAAUAUACGUCGUCCUUUGUGAAGAACACUAUUCGGGGUAUGGGACCUGCACGCGCACCAUUCAUUUACGAUGUCUGGCGUUCCCCAGAGGUUCUCGCAAAGAUCUCAGAGGUGGCUGGCAUUGAUCUUAUCCCUGCCAUGAACUAUGAGAUCGCCGCCAUCAAUAUCUCGGUGAAUGACCAGACUACGACGGUUCUGAACAACACCAAAUCAGAGGACGAGGAUUUGUCUGCCUUUGCAUGGCACUGGGACAGUUACCCAUUUGUGUGUGUUACGAUGCUUUCUGAUUACACCGGCAUGGUUGGAGGAGAGACUGCACUCAAGACAGCUAGUGAUGAGAUCAUGAAGGUUCGCGGGCCUGCGAUGGGAACUGCCGUUGUUAUGCAAGGCAGAUAUAUUGAACACCAGGCUCUCAAGGCGUUUGGAGGCAAAGAACGCAUUAGCAUGAUCACUUCGUUCCGCGCCAAAUCUCCGCUUGUGAAAGACGAUUGUGUUCUUACUGGAGUUCGGUCUAUCAGCAACGUAUUGGAGCUUUACAGGGAAUGGUCUGAGUACAGACUGAAGGUUCUCGAAGAGCGGAUUCGUGCUGAAUUGGAGAACGAACGCCAAAAGCAACUGGGACAGCGUCCCUUCAGUAUCUCAGAUAUGAAGACCUUCUUGAUCCAUCAGAGGGAAUAUUUGGAUGCUACGAUUGCGGAACUCAUGGAAUAG